CUUCGAAGCUGUGAAUUGAAAUACAAUAGUACUAGUACCAUACUAAUACUGCCAGGGCUGUUCAAUCGUUCAAAAUUGCUCUGUGUCUCAUACCCACCAGCAGUCAGCGCUAGUUUUUGACGGCUGGCAGGUGUACCUUUCAUAUCCCAGCCUCAACUAGACUCGUCGAGUAACUCGCAAAUUCAUGGCACAAGACAACGUCACGCCGGUAGAUCCCUACUUGGUACAAUUUGCACCAGACGACAAGGAAAAUCCAAAGAACUGGAGCAGACGGAAACGUUGGUACCUGACAUAUUUUGCGGGGUUAUUGGGCUUUAAUGCCACGUUUGCUUCCUCGGCUCCUUCUGGCAUUGCUACCCAACUUAUGGCUCAGUUUAAGCUCUCUGAAGAGGUAGCUGCAUUGACGAUCUCAGUUUUUGUGGCGGGGUAUUGUGUUGGUCCCCUUUUCUGGGGCCCACUAUCGGAGCAGUAUGGCAGAAGGUUGAUAUUCCUUGUCACGUUUCCGGUAUACGCUUGUUUCCAAGUUGGUUGUGCACUAUCGAAGAACACGGCAUCCAUUAUUAUAUUCCGUCUGCUCGGCGGUCUGUUCGCUGCCGCGCCGUUGACCAACAGCGGAGCGCUGAUAUCAGACAUCUGGGACGCAAAAACUCGAGGAAAAGCGUUGGCUCUAUUUACUCUUGCACCUUUUGUUGGACCAGCCUUUGGACCAUUGGUUGGAGGCUACAUUGCACAGUCUGGGACCCCAUGGCCUUGGUUAUUCUGGGUUCUCACCGCAUUCGCUACAGUGUGUUUUGUGUUCAUCUACUUCACUCUACCGGAGACAUAUGCUCCCAUUGUCCUUCUGCAUAAAGCGGAACAGCUUCGUUUGAAAACGGGGGAUCACCGAUAUCAUGCUCCUCUGGAGCUAGUCCAAGCAAAGCAGCUACACAAGCGACUUGAAGAGAGCCUCACCAGGCCUUUCAAAAUUCUUAUUUGUGAACCAAUGCUCAUCGCAGUCACCGCUUACAUGAGUUUCGUCUAUGGAUGUGUAUACCUACUGUUCGAAGCAUAUCCUGUAGUGUUUACGGUGGGACACGGCUUUCAGCCAGGGGUGUUGGGGUUGACUUACUUACCUCUGGUCGCGGGUAGCAUAACGGGCGUUUUUGGAUAUCUCUUGAUAUUUCACCCUCAGUACGAGGCAGCGAUGGAUAAGCACAAAGCAGGACUGGUUUCUCCAGAGAUACGUCUUAAUCUGGCUAUGUCUGGGGCGCCCCUAUUCGCCAUCACCUUCUUUUGGUUUGGAUGGACAUCUUAUCCAUCCAUUUCAUACUGGGCACCAAUGAUGGCAGGUGCUUUAAUGGGACUCUCCUCAAUUUGGAUCUUUCUUGCAUUAUUCAACUAUAUCAUCGACGUUUAUCUUAUUGCCGCUGCAUCUGCCCUUGCUGCGAACACUGUUUUUAGAAGUGCUGCAGGCGCAGUGUUUCCUUUAUUUGCGUCGCAGAUGUACACUGCCCUUGAUCCACGAUGGGCUUCAACUUUACUUGGCUGUAUUGCCUGCUUGAUGAUUCCCAUCCCUAUUGUGCUGAAACGCUAUGGUCCGAUAUUACGCGCCAGGUCUCGGUUUGCACCUGCGCUUGUUUAAUAUGAAUGCACCGAUUUUGCUCCCAAAGACGUUUCCAUAGUGUUGUCGAUGAAGUUUUUAAUUUGAUCAGUACAUACGUUCCUAAUGGACAGUCUAGCUGAUAAGUAAGCUCUAUUUUCUCUGUAAGAGUUUAUUUCCCAUGUGGCUUCUUUCGGUAGAAUUAUCCCACUUAUACCUAUUAGUAGAAUAAAAGGACCUGUUAAGUUGA